AUGAUACAUUGUCCAUGCCCUAUGUGUGGGUUCCGAUUUUACCAGACUAGAGAAGAUGCAUACAAUCAUCUUCUGAUGAAACUUUUUCCUCCUAACUAUACAUUUUGGUUACAUCACGGUGAGAGGAUCGUAGAUGAGAGACCCAGCGGUAGGGAAGAACUAGAUCCCACUAUAAAUUCAGGAGAUCAAAUGCGUGACAUGGUCCACGACGCAUUCAAUUUGCCAGGACAGCAGAGUGAGGAUGAAGACUCCACGGAUGGGCAUGUUGGAGACGUUGCGGAUGGGUUGCCGUACUUAUCUGAUGAACCUAGUCACGAGGCUCGUGCCUUUCAAGACUUGCUUAAGGACGGCGAGCAGGAGUUAUAUCCGGGAUGCUCAAGAUUCUCGAAACUGUCUUUCUUGGUGAGGCUGUACCAUAUCAAGUGCAUGUGCGGAGUGAGCGACAAGGCUUUUGGAAUGAUUCUAGAGCUAUUGGGGGAUGCCUUUGAGCAUGCACGAAUUCUGAAGACCUUGCAUGAUGCCAAGAAGAUCAUAAGAAAGUUGGGUAUUGAGUGGAAGCAAAAGACCAGGAAGAAUUCUUUAGUAAGGAUCAAAGACGUUGUCAAGAAGAAUGGUAAACCUCAGGCGGCAAAAGUUCUUCGUUAUUUUCCUCUGAUCCCACGGUUGCAGCGAUUAUUCAUGUCAAACAAGACAGCUGUGGACAUAUUGUGGCAAAAGAGAGGAACCAACUCUGAUGGUUCCUUGAGGCAUCCCAGAGACAACGAAGGUUGGAAAGCAUUUGACAUGAGAUAUACUGACUUUUCUGGCAAUCCGCGCAGUGUUCGCUUAGCCCUGGCCAGUGAUGGCUUCAAUCCUUAUCGAAAUCUCAGUUCAAAGUACUCAAUAUGGCCAGUGAUUCUUAUUCCAUACAACUUACCCCCAUGGAUUUGCAUGAAACAAACCAACUUUAUUCUCUCUAUGAUUAUUCCCAGUCCUAAAAUUCAUGGCAAUGACAUAGAUGUAUACCUACAGUCCCUGAUCGAUGAGCUGAAGCAGUUGUGGGCCAGUGUUGAUACCUACGACGCCAGUAAGAAGAAAACAUUCAAGAUGCAUGCUGUAUUGAUGUGGACUAUCAGCGAUUUUCCUGGCUUGGGCAAUUUAUCUGGCUGGAAUACGUACGGUAGGGUGCUUGCCCCACGUGCAAUUUGGACGCCGAGACUAGGCGACUCACCUUCAGUGAAAAAUGGUGUUAUAUGGGUCAUCGUCGCUUCCUGA